UAUGCUAACUGAAAUUUAAUGUCAAUUUGAUCAUCAACAUAAUACUAUAUUCACUUCAUAUCAUAUGGUACGAUGUAUAUAUGUACAUAUUUAUAUUAUAGUUUUCAUGAGCAGAACAACUUAAAACUCACGCAACCAUCAGUCAUGCACGAACUAUAUGUUUAUAUACACAAUUAUAGAAAAAGCCAAGGGAAGGUCAGAGAUCAUUUGUAACUCCAUCACACUGUAAAGCAUCUAAAGUUUUAGCAUAGUUCAAUGAUUUUAGCCAAACAAUAAACAAAGGCCAUCGUUCAUUUUAGCUUUGAUUAACGCAUCUUAAAAUAGUGUGUAUGUAUAUAAAGUUGUAUGGUUUCUGAGUUGAGGGAAUCAUGUUAGGCAAUUAUUGGGACUUUGUUAUUGAUAUAUAAUAAUUGGGUGACAAAGCCAUAGUCUCUGAAUCGAAACCAAGCAAAGGCCAAUAGAAAAGGAACGAAGUUUAAUAAUGCCAAUAAAAGAGCUUUUUAGCACUUCAUUUCUCACUACAAUAGUAAGAAGAAAGUGACACUUUUAUUAUAUCAGAAUGGCUAUUUAACUUAAUUCUAUUGCUCUUUCAGUUUCAUCAAUUUCGAGUUCGAAUUGAAAACUAAGUUUCAGGAGAAGAUUCAUUUCUUAUAUAUUAAAAUUUUGAUUUAUUGUUGUUUAUUUUCCUUAUCACUUUCUGAACCUAAUACACUUUUUCUUCUACAACAUUCUCGUGGGAAAUAGUUACAUUCUUUUAAUGAAAAUAGACCAGUAAUAUUUUUGAAGAAAGCCUAUAUAACAUGGAAUCUUGAAUGCAUGUCACGUUACUCUCUUCUCCUUCUCUAUAUAAGAAAGGCUCUUUCUUCUUCUCUCCCAAUAUAUAUAUAUAUAUACACACGCUCACUCAUACACAUAAACAAACCCAAACAAACACAUAAAAUAUAUACAUUGAUACCCAUUUGAUCAUUUAUUAAUACAUAGUUUGUUUUGGCGAAGAAAGGAAUGGGUGCAUUUGAUUAUAUCUCUAGCUUCUGUUCUUAUACAUACUCUAAUGCCAAAACCAAGCGUAAGCCAUUGCAGACGGUGGAUAUCAAGGUGAAAAUGGACUGUGAUGGUUGUGAAAGAAGAGUUAGAAACGUGGUUCGUCGCAUGAAAGGCGUGAAAUCGGUGGAGGUAAACCGGAAACAGAGCCGGAUAACGGUGAACGGUCACGUGGAUCCAAACAAGGUGUUGAAAAGAGUGAAGAGCACAGGGAAGAAGGCAGAGUUUUGGCCUUACAUACCUCAGCAUAUGGUCUACUACCCAUUUGACACUGGCAUGUACGACAAACGUGCCCCCGCAGGCCACAUCCGCAACCCCACACAAGCGUUUCCAGCUGCAAACACACCUGGUGAGAACUACGUUUCACUCUUCAGUGACGACAACGUCCAGGCCGCUUGUUCCAUCAUGUGAAAUGAAUUGUGCGAACAAAAUACAUAUAGUAUGUGUAUUUUUUUUUGUGUGAACGACACAUCUACUUUUGGUACUAUUCUCAUAAUAUAGUAAAAGGUAAUGUAGAAACUAUUGUAAUAAAUUGCAAUUUUGAGACGGGAUCAAGCUAAAAAUGAUAACGAGAAAAUAUUAUGUUGUUUUG